UGUGCACCUCAGGACAGCAUUUGGUGGUCACUGGGCUGGGACGUGUUUUCCCUUCACAGUGGUGGUUGCUGUGUAUUUCUUUGCUGGACUUGGACAGUGGUCUCAGCUCAGCAUCUGCUCAUCUCUCUGAGGCCCCUGUGCUGUUGGUCUGUGGCAGCAUUUUCCAGAUGACUUCUCAGCAGCGUCAGGCCAGUCUCUGUUACUCCCUGGGACUGUGAACACCCCUGUUCCAGCCCCUUGGCUCCACCAGAGCCGUCCUCCCUCUGAAAGCACCGGUGUCCACCAAGAAGGCCGCACUGGAUCUCCAGUGCGACCACAGCUGUCCCCACCUGUCCCUGCUGACACCCUGGUGAGAAGCUGCUCACCCGGCAAGCCUGGCUGCCAGGUGUGUCCUGCACCAGUGCCCCUCCCAGGGGACAGUCUAGCCACAAGUCCUCACAAAGUUUCUCCACUGCUCCUCUCCUCAUUACAGCUCAUGACUGUACCUGAUGGGUUGAAGCCACUGCUUGCAGCCUUCCACCUGUUUGAACAGAGACUCCUAGAGAGUGUUUGGGGCCAGGAUGGGAGGAAAGUGCAGCUUCUGUGAGGGACCUGACAGUGCCUGAGGUGGCUUGUCUGCACAAGCUGGGGGGGUGCUGUGGAGCAGCUUCCAGCUACUUAUGCUGCUUCCACAUCAACGAUGACUAUGAAACUAUUAAUAUUGAAAGUAAGAACAACAGCCUCAGACGGGCGCAUGCGUUCUCCAGCAGAAAGCAAGUGCAACCAGCAAAGCAAGCUGUUUGUGGUGUCUGAUCUGAUCUCUGCUAUAUUUCAAGUGAGACUCUUUCUCUGAGCAGCAAUGAAUACACUCAGAUAUUGCUUCUUCGCUGUCCUGAUUCUCAGUGUCUCACUGCCAUUUGUUUUCUAUGCUGUUAAUUUGCAUGCACAAAUAUCUCUCAGGAGACUGAACUUCUCGGUGGGUUCAACUUUAGCAGAAGCCUGUAAAGCGCUCAUUGAAGAUAAGGAGCCCUUUCUGAAGGAAAAUGCUUUAAAAACAACAUUCAGAGACUCCAACUGCACGGAGUACAUCACGCAGAACCACUACAUCACCCGCGCCCUCUCGGACGAGGAGGCCGCCUUCCCCAUCGCCUACGUCAUGACCCUGCACAAGGAGUUCGAGACCUUUGAGCGGCUCUUCAGGGCAGUGUACAUGCCCCAAAACAUCUACUGCGUCCACGUGGACACCAAGGCGCCGGCCCCCUUCCAGCAGGCGGUGCGGCGCCUGGUGGGCUGCUUCCCCAACGCCUUCCUCGCCUCCCGGGCGGAGCGGGUGGUCUACGGUGGUGCCUCCCGCCUGCGGGCCGACCUCCACUGCAUGAGAGACCUGCUGGCCUCGGCCGUGCCCUGGCGCUACCUGCUCAACGCCUGCGGCCAGGACUUCCCCUUGAAGACCAACCGGGAGAUCGUCCAGCUGCUGAAGGGCCUCGGGGGGAAGAACAUCACCCCCGGGGUGCUGCCGCCCCCCCACAUCACCACCCGCACCAAAUAUGUGCACAGGGAGAAAAUAUACCCUUUAUUUUCUUUCAUGUUGUGGACACCUGUGCGCAAGGCACCCCCGCCCCACAACAUCACCAUCUACUUUGGUUCCGCAUACGUGGCUGUCACCCGGCCCUUUGUGGAGUUUGUGCUGCAGGACCAGCGCGCCAUCGAUCUGCUGGCAUGGUCCGAGGACACCUACAGCCCCGACGAGCACUUCUGGGUGACGCUCAACAGGAUCCCG